AUGCGCCCCAUAGUCUCGCUGCUGCUCACCACACUCCUCGCAACAUGUAACGCUGCGGCGACCGGUACAUCGGCUCUGCCUGGCACGCCAAUCUCAUUCGAGCUACAGCACGAAUACAGACCCCAGCCCCGAGAUGACCUUGACGACUUCGGUCAACUCGCUUUCGACAUAUCGGAUGUCGACACUGCACCGUCUUCGAGCCUAGUCACUCUACAGGCCAAGCCAACGACUGUCUAUCGCCCUCGCUCUCCAGCCAGAUUUCAGCAUGCCCGUCUCCGAUCGCUGCGGUCCGAGGAGAGCGAACCGGUCGAGUGGGAUGAAGUGCACGUCCUCGGCCCAGAUAUCGAGGACAGACAUACUCUAUCGCAGCUCGCACGCAUGACCGGGAAUGCCUACGCGCUUCCUGGGCGCAAGAACUGGUACGACAUCGACGCAGCCUGGAAUACCAGCUUUCCGUUUGGUUGGGAAGACGCAGCCGAUGGAUUCCGCGGACAUGUGUUCAUGUCCCCCGAUAACGCAACGGCCGUCCUGUCGAUCAAGGGCACGACGUUGCAGGGUCCGACAUCCAAGAAGGACAAGUUCAACGAUAAUCUGCUCUUCUCGUGCUGCUGCGCAAGAGUCGAUAUCACUUGGAUAUUCAACACUGUAUGCAAGUGCUAUGCCAACAACUGGCGCUGCGACAACACUUGUCUGACCGAUGCACUGGUACAAGACAGCCUGUUCUACAACGUCGGGGUGAACUUGGUGAAUAACUUAACCGCGUUGUAUCCGCAUGCCAACAUCUGGCUCGUAGGCCAUUCUCUCGGAGGCGCCCUCGCUUCGCUACUAGGGACCACAUUCGGUCUCCCCUCCGUCGCCUUCGAGUCCCCCGGGGAGCGUCUUGCCGCACAGCGGCUCCACCUCCCCAUGCCUCCCUCCCCGCCUUCGAACAACCACUCCGCAACCCCCUACAGCCGCGCUCCCGUAACGCAUGUGUACCACAACGCGGACCCAAUCCCACAGGGCGCAUGCACGGGCGUCGGGUCGCCGUGCGCCCAGGCGGGCUAUGCGCUGGAGAGCCGCUGCCAUCUGGGCAAGUCGAUCGUGUACGACACGGUUGGGAAGCUAGGCUGGCGGGUCGACAUCCGGAAGCAUGUCAUCAAGGAGGUCAUCACGCAUGUGAUAGAGGCGGAGGUGGAGGACGGAUGGGAAGAGGACGUGGACGGUAGAUCGAGGGAGGUUCCUGCCGCUAAGGCGGAGGAGGACUGCAUAGACUGCUUCAAGUGGGAGUUUGGAGACUUUAAGGAUCGUGAUGACAUUGUAUGAGUGUUGUAUUCCUCACAUAGGUACGCUGUAUAACCAAUAUGUAUGUAACCUGUACGCAAUCCUCUUCCACG